AUGGAUUUAGAUUGGUGUUUAACUUGUUCGCAACACACUUCGGGUGGAUUGUACUGUUCGGAUUCAUGCCGAUUGAAGGAUAUCGAUGCAUCAACACCAAUAAUACCAUUCUCUGGUUCCCCUCGGUUGAUACAUUACGCUUCCACAAGAACGACUGCGACGACAGACCCAAGCUUUGCAAGUCCUUCGUCCAACGCCACCACUAUCACCACUGAACCCUACCUCAGAUACAACACAUCUAUGCCAUCACUGGUAUUUCCAAAGCCUACACAACAACCAUCCCAGCCAAUGUCGUAUGGCUAUAAUUCCACACAUUUGCUACCUCCUGCAAUCCAUCGCGGUCAUAAUUCCGAUUGCAGAGAGUAUCAAUAUACCGUACAAAGAUUGCCGAGAAUGCCGGUGGUAAUAUGA